GCUCCGCCCACUCGGCCCCGAGAACCCGCGCUGACUGGCGUACGCCCGCUCCUUUCCCGAAGCCCGCCAGCGUAGCCGGUCCCCUUGGCUCGCCUCAGGCCGGUGCCCUGGCCCAAGCCACCAUGGAGGAGGAUGUCGCUGCCGCCACCGCCGCUGCCGCCUGCUACCAGCCGGCCAGCCCCCCACGGGACGCCUGUGUCUACAACAGCUGCUACUGUGAAGAAAAUAUUUGGAAGCUCUGUGAAUACAUCAAAAACCAUGACCAGUAUCCUUUAGAAGAAUGUUACGCUGUCUUCAUAUCUAAUGAGCGGAAGAUGAUACCUAUCUGGAAACAGCAGGCAAGACCUGGAGAUGGACCUGUCAUCUGGGAUUACCAUGUUGUCUUGCUUCAUGUUUCAAGUGGAGGACAGAGCUUCAUUUAUGAUCUCGAUACUGUCUUGCCAUUUCCCUGUGCUUUUGACGCUUAUGUGGAAGAUGCCUUUAAGUCUGAUGAAGACAUCCAUCCACAGUUUAGAAGGAAAUUUAGAGUGAUCCGUGCAGAUUCAUAUUUGAAGAACUUUGCUUCUGACCGGUCUCACAUGAAAGAUUCCAGUGGGAACUGGAGAGAGCCUCCUCCAUCGUACCCCUGCAUUGAAACUGGAGAUUCCAAAAUGAACCUGAAUGAUUUUAUCAGUAUGGAUCCAGAGGUAGGGUGGGGAGCUGUCUACUCGCUGUCUGAAUUUGUACAUCGGUUUGGCAGUCAAAACUACUGAACUUGACAUCUGGAUGUAGAACCGUGGAGAAAUUCUAAAACAUGAACGAGUCAGUAAAUGUUACGGUACAUUUGGCUUGGAAUUACGUUUUCCUCUUUUAAUUCAGUUCAGUUGAAAAAUGAGUGAACAAAAAAACAGCUAAAUAAAAAUGUUUUUUGUUUUUGUUUUCUGAUAGGUUGAAACUUGAUAUGGUGUAUAUUUGUUGAGAUAUUCCUAUGGCUCAUUUGUUACAACAUUUGGUGACUUAUGCCAGUAACUGCUUUUGUUGUGAUAGAUGUGUGAACAUUGUGUCUGUUCUGGUCGUUUCAUUUCUCUCCAGCUACACUGUAAGCUCCUGGAGGGCAGGGCUGUGGCUUACUGUUCAGUGAAUCUCUAAUACCCAUAAAAGGUCCCCGUAGAUGUUUGCGAGUGAUUGUGUUGCUGCUUGAAGAGGGCUGAUGUUGUGAGCUGAAUCAGCAAUAAGUAUUAGUCUUGUUGGACUAUUUAUUAUGUUCUUUAAAAAGAUCGCGGCCCUUUCAGGCUUGAGUGUUAUCUGACCUAUUUAUGUUUGUUUGUUUUUUUCAAUAAAAUUGAUUUAAUUUUGUUUUUAAGAUUUUGUGUCACUCUUGAUGACCUGAGAUACCCAAGAAUAUCUCAGUCGUAGAUGAGAACUAUUGCUUUAAAAUACAUUUAUCAAUCUUCCUUCUUGAAGAUGUUUUGGAAAUUUGGCUUUAAUCGUAUAAUUCCAAAUAAAAGAUGUUUGACAUUAAACUGGCACAUAA